AUGUCUGGUCUUCUCCUUCUCUGCUCUGUGCUGUCUCUUUGGGCCUCAGUCAUAAUAAACUACUUAACGUCCAAGUCAUUUUCUAUUGAAGGUGCCGUAUGUGGGGCCCCAGGACAAUUCUGCGCAGACCAACCUUCAGGCUUGGAAGCAUUUGCUGGAGACUCAGUGACCUUCCCAUGCAGUUUUGUGUUCCCCAGAAAUGUCACAGGAAUUACUAAUGUGACCAUUAUCUUUCAAGCUGGUGAAGGGAAUUAUUGUGGGGCUCGUAUAUAUAACAGCGGGUACGGCAACACAACUCAGGGAUACCAGGGAAGGGUCUCACUGGUGGGAGAUCCAUGGACUCGGAAUGGGACCAUCACCCUGACCAAUGUAAGAGCAAGGGAUAUAAAGUCCUACUGCUGCCGUGUCCAACUUCUAAUUACAAACAAGGGGACUGAGCAGUGGCAGAAUGGAAGAGGCACUUGGCUAACUGUCAGGGGAGAGAAUGACAUAACUAUGCAUCAGCCUCCGUUCAUUCCUGCUCUGGUUGGUGACACGGUGACAAUUCCCUGUCAUUUCUCCAUCAGCGCCAAGAAGAAAAUCCAGAACAUGUCUCUAUCCAGUGUUCAGUGGCGCUUUAGUACUCAGUACCCAGGCUGUGACACAGAUAUAUAUAACAGUGCCAUGGGGGCAGUAGGAAGUGAGCGGAUGUCUCUGGCUGGGGAAGACGGCGCAGCCAUACAAAUCAAACACGUGGGGCUCAGUGACAGCGGCUGGUACUGCUGUGGGGCACAAGUGACUGGAGAUGGACAAGUUUAUAGAACUGAGAGGAUGAGAGGAACAAAACUGAUCAUUACAGGCAAAACCAAUAAAACGAAGAUCGAGCAGCCAAAGGAGGUCACAUUCCCAGACUCCCCUACUAUCAGCUGUAACUAUACAUUACCGGAGAAUGAAGAUCCCUUGUGGGUCGGGAUCUACUGGAUGUUUGGGGACCCACGUGAGGGCUUUGCCUACCACCCUGACCCAGAAUUAAUACACCCCCGGUACCGGGGCAAAACCAGACUGGUGGGUCAGUCAGACCUGUAUCUGGAAGAGGUGAAUGGAAUGGAUAACUCCUCCUUCUACUGCCGCGUGGCAAUGCGCCUGUGUAACUCUACUUUGUUAAACACUGUAGAAACUUUACUGGGGGAAGGAACAGGGACACUUCUAAGGCUGAAUGCUGAUCAAAGUGACCAGACCAAGAUCAUAGCGGCCUCGGUUGGAUCAGUAAUUGUUCUUAUUCUCCUAAUAUUGAUUAUACUUUUUCUCAUUAAACGAAAAGGGACAAGGAAACAGUUGCAGCAAUCUGAACAAAAGGAUCCAGUACAUGGGGGGAAUGGCAAGACGGUGACAACAGAAUAUGACGAUUUAGAACUGGUUGGGAGAGAGCAGAAGACUGAUAUAAAUUACUAUGAAAGUGUUGGCGAGACGCCCAGGGCUUCCUCUGAUCCAUCAAACAGCGGGGGACACUUGCUUUAUUCUACCCUGGACCAUUCACGUUCUUCAUCAAACCACAAAUGUUCUCCUGUCUCUGGGCAGGAAGUAUUUUAUGCAGACGUGAAAAGGUAUUGAGAGUCAAACCAUCCCAUGAAUUGCGUUGGGCCAGAAAGCUCAUGGGAAGUUAUUUAUUCCUAUUAAAAUGAAGGAAUUAGGUGAAAAAGAAGUGUGAUGGUGGUGCUGGAUUCAUCUUCUGCCACAAGGUUCCAAAUGAAAUGUUACAGCCUCAUGUCCCUCAUGUACCCCCCAUGUCAGUCAAGGGUCAUGAUGUCUGGAUUAUGAGUUUUGGACAUGGACCAGCUUUCUAUUGCUAAGCAUUUAUAUAAAUGAUGCCUCAAUGCUGCCCUUGCCCAGGCUAAGUGAGAUGACUAUAGUACACUUAUAAAUAAUAAUUCAGUUCAACCCACACUUGGGCUUUUAUAUUCGACUCACUUCUUCAUCUCUGUUACCUGUUGAUGAGUACCUACUGAAAAUACUGGAAGCUACAUCAGGACUUUUACCUUUAUUUGAGGAUAUCCGUUCUUAAAAAGGCUACACUAGAACCAGCCUGUCUAUCUAACUAUUGCCCUGGCUCUCUCUUACCCCUAGCAUCUAAACUCCUGGAAAUUCUAGUCUUUUCUUGUGUUACUAACUUUCUGCUGGGCCCUAUGCAGUUUGGCUUUUGUCCUCCACAACCCAUUGAGACAACCUUGUGUAGAGUUGCAAAUGAUCUCCAGACUGAUAAGGCCAAAGGACACUUAUUUAUUCUCAUACUCUUGGACCCCUAUCCUGUGCAUUGGAUACGGCUGACCAUUCUGUUUUAAAGUAAAUUCUGUAUUCACUUGGUAUCUGGGAUCAAGCUGCAUUCUGGUUCUCUUCCAACCUGUCUAACCACUCCUCUUUCCCAGUUCAGCUUAAUGUGGAAGUGCCUCAGGGUUCUUUACUUGGUGCCUUGCUGUUUUCCAUGAACCAUCUCUCUUUAGGAGACCUUAGGGCCGAUUCACUAAAGUGCGUUAAAACGAGCGCUAUUUAUAGCCAUCCUGCU